ACUGGUGCUGCUGCAUUUGGCGGUCCCCGGCCCGCUGGAGGGCACUCGCGGAACGACACGGCAAGCAGCGCGAGCAGCGCCCUACCCGACCCCGCGGGGCUCCGUUACCUCUCUGAGCGCCGCUCUCUAGCCGCGCUGAGCCCGGCCGGCCGUCCCAUCCGGCGCGGCGCAGCGCGCAGCGGUCCCGUUGGGACUGGGGGGGCGGCCGGGCAGGCCGGGCCGGAGGGUACCGGAGGGGGCCCAACUUCGCGGUGUUGUUGCCAGAACCAGGCGGGCGAUGGCACGGGGUGGCGGCCGUUUCGCGGACCGGUAGCUGCCCGGGCGGUUUGCGACGCGGAGUUGACAGUUUUGGGCCUGCUUCGGAGAGUCGGGGCGCAGGAUGCCGUCGUCGUCAGGCUGGGGUCGGAGUACGUGAGCACCAGUUGAGCACCGUCGCGUCGCGUGACCCCCGCCGCCAUCGUGGACCUGGUCCUGGCGAUGAAGCCCCGCCACAUCCGCCGCCUGGUGGUGGCGUUGGCGGUGUGCGGGGCGCUCCUGCUGGUCGCCUCCCUCGUCCUGGGACUGCUGGACAACGGCUUGCUGCAGGGCAAGAAGAGUACCCGCACCGAGGGCGACGACGACGACGCGCCGGCGCAGUUCGGCCCGGAUGACCCCGGAGGCUUCCACCGCUUCCAGGACGAGCUCGUGCGCCGCAAGUCCGAGGAAGGACAGCGUCGACGUCAGGAAGAGGGCGCCGAGGACGCCGUCAACGUCUCGGAGAAGGAGGCAGCCAGUUUCAUACGAGCAGCGAGCCGCUGGAACGAGCACCGCCUGCAGAGGGUCCAGGAGGUGUGCGCGCGCCACAACCUGGGGCUCUACCGCUCCUCCGCCGCCCCGCCCGACGUCAAGCUGCCUCCCACCCCGCAGUACGCCGUGUUCUACUACGAUAGAUCGCACAAGAUGGCGUGGUGCCCCUUGUACAAGGCCGGUUCCACAUCCUGGCUGUACAACCUGUGCCUGCUCGGCGGCUACUCGGAGAGGGAGCUGAGCUCCACCAAGGAGCAGCUCAGCACCCUGGCCAGGAAGGCGUACCCGGAGCUCGAAUACCCCGAGGCUGAGGAGGCUCUCCGCAGCAGCCGGAAGCUCCUGGUGGUCCGCCAUCCUUUUGCCAGGUUGCUCUCGGCGUACCGAGACAAGCUGGAGAAUAGGGUGGCGGGGGCGGAGCACGGCAGCGCGCACUUCUACCGCAAGUACGGGCGCCGCAUCGUGGACAAGUUCCGGGCGGGCGGCGCCGCGGUGCCGACGAGCCAGGUCGUGUCGCCGCAGCACGUGGUCAGGGACCCCGGCAGGCUGCCGCCCGCCGACGACGAGCCGACCUUCAAGGAGUUCGUCAAGUAUCUGAUCGACGUGGACCUGGCCAACUACGCCGACGACCACUGGAUCCCGUACUACCUCUUCUGCACGCCCUGCCUCCUCAACUACGACAUCAUUGCCAAGGUGGAGACGUACCUGGAGGACCAGGUGUACAUGAUCAGGGCCCUGGGGCUCCAGGACAGCAUACGCCCGCGGUGGAGGCACCGCACCGCCCCCCGAGGCCAGGAGGGUCUCCCGACGUCGUCCUCUCAGGACGUCGACACGACGGCCAGGCGAUACUUUGCUCAGAUAAGCGAGCGCGAGCUGCGCGCCCUCUACCAGAAGUACAAGCUUGACUUUGAGAUGUUUGACUACACCCUAGAGGACUACCUGCCGUAUGUGUCUCCAGAGCCAGCGUGAUUGCCGGGCCGGGGCGGCCAGCCAACCGCCAACCAAAUACACGAUUAAGAGGUGCUGUUGUGACGCACCGGAAAACUGGAGUCUCAAUGUUUGAACGACACCGGAGUCUGGUUGGACUUGAUUUUGGCCUUCCACUCCAGACAGGGUUUUUGUGCACCACAAAUUGCCUCCCUUUCAAGCGGCCUUUUGGCGUUCGGUUUCUGAUCCUUUGGACUGUGAAAGUGGCCUUCCCCCUCCCUCCACCCACACUUCCCUCUCCUCCCCUCCAAAAAGCGAAACCUUAAAUUAAAGUGAAAUACAGAGUUGU